AUGUCAUCUCCCAGUGAGAGUAGGUCACUGUUACGUCCAGAGUUCAAUGGCUCUACACCGUCUGCCUACGGUACGGCUUUGAACAGCAAUGACGACCCGGAGUCCAUCUCUAGGAAGGUUUUGGAGAGCAAUCUUCUGCGGAAGCUGGAUUUCAGAGCAGCGUAUCUCGUUCUUAUCUACAUCUUGAAUCAGAUGGAUCGAAAUAAUGCUGCCGCCGCAAGGCUUCGUGGUUUCGAGGAAGACCUCGGCAUGAAUGGUCGACAGUUCAAUACGCUGAUCAGCAGUCUAUUCGUCGGCUAUGUGUUGAUGCAAACACCAUCAAAUUUGAUAAUUAGUCGCAUUUCGAAACCAUCGCUGUAUUUAUCGACUAGUAUGUCGCUCUGGGGUCUUCUCACCACUCUCAUCGGGAUAUCCACGAACUACUACCAAGUGCUCGCCUCACGCUUUCUGGUGGGAUUUUUAGAGGCGACGUUUUAUCCUGGUGCUAUCUAUCUGCUUUCAAGAUGGUAUAAGCGAGAGGAACUUGGGUACAGGACUGCGUUCUUCACGGCAGGAAUCGGUUUUAGCAAUGCUUUUGGCUCACUGUUAGCCUCUGCAAUUCUGGCAACCAUGGAAGGAUUUCUCGGUUAUGCUGCCUGGAGAUGGCUGUUUUUCAUAGAGGGUUUUUUGACAGUCGUUGUCGGCUUUUGUGGGAUGUUCAUACUUCCUGAUUUCCCUUCGAGCCCUGCAAAAUGGCUCACUCCCGCAGAACAUUCUCUUGCUCAAAAGCGGAUGGAGGAGGACCAGGAUUCAGAAGGUCAUGGUCCAGUCAAACCUAAGCCAACUGGUGGCUUUUCCGAUCUCCUGUCGAUGAUCACAGAUUGGAGAGCGUGGUUGGUUGGCACAGCAUUGUCUUGCUGUAAUGCAUCGUUGUCCUUUAACAUGUUCUUCCCGACAUUGGUGGCCACAAUGGGGUAUUCGCCUACCAUCAGUCUUCUGUUAUGCGCACCACCAUGGAUUAUAAGCACAAUCACUGCAGUCAGUGUCGCAAGUCAUUCUGAUGCGACGCGUGAACGCUUUGGGCAUCUGGUCUUUGCGUUGUCGAUGUUGAUCACGGGAUAUACUCUGGCUAUGUCCACGAUGAAUAUCACUGUUCGCUACAUCGCACUCUUUCUCAUGACGCAAGCGCAGGUCGCAAACGUCAUCUUGUUGAUAUGGAUCAGUAACACGUUCUCUCGUUCCAGCUCCAAGCGAGCAGUUGCGAUCGGGUUCAUGAACUCUAUUGGAAUGUCCGGGAGCAUCCUGUCGCCGUCAGUGCUUUUCUCAUACCACCCGCGUGUCACAAUUAAUGAUAUACAACACCAGGUACAUCUGGACAUCGAGCUGGGGCCCGACCUAUACCAAUUCGUUCCUCAUCUGUAUCGCGCUGGCCAGCACAUCCAUCUCGUUGUGCUGGGUAUUUAG